CUUUCUGGCGGAGGCGGUGUCCUGCGGCUGCCCAGGGAGAAGCAUGGGCGACAGCGCGUGCAAGUGGCGGGCUUUGCCCAGCGGCCCCAGCCUCAGGAACCUCACGGCGCCGGGCUACGGGCAGCCCAAGGAGCGCCAGACGCCGGCUCUGCAGGACGUGGCGCGGGCGCACACCGAGUCCUUCAACUACGCCGUGGGAGAAGGGCUGCUGCGGGCCGUGCAGGCCAUUCCACCUUUGGAAUUUCUUUUCAAGAAUGAUCAGAUCACUUUGGCCAUUGUGGGGGCCACCAUCAACUCUCCUAUGGUACCAAAAGGAAGUAUAUGUAAUGAGCUAAAAGUUUACCCAGCAGAAUGCAGGGGGCGCAAAAGCACCUACCGCGGAAAAAUAACUGCUGAUAUCAGCUGGGCAGUGAAUGGCAUCCCUAAAGGGAUUAUAAAACAGUCCCUCGGAAAUGCUCCGAUUAUGGUGAAGUCCAAACUUUGCAAUCUCCACGGUCUCUCACCCAAAGAGCUCAUCAAACACCAUGAGGAGGAAGAGGAAAUGGGAGGCUAUUUCAUUGUUAACGGUAUAGAAAAGGUGAUCAGAAUGGUGAUUAUGCCAAGGCGCAACUUUCCCCUUGCAAUGAUUAAACCAAAAUGGAAAUCCAGAGGUCCAGGCUACACACAAUAUGGUGUCUCAAUACACUGCGUUAGAGAUGAACACACAGCAGUUAACAUGACCCUUCACUACCUUGAAAAUGGCACAGUGAUGCUGAACUUCAUUCAUCAAAAAGAGCUGUUCUUUCUUCCACUCGGAUUUGUACUGAAGGCAUUAGUUAGUUUCUCAGAUUUCCAGAUUUUUCAGGAGCUGAUUAAAGGAAAAGAAGAGGAUACUUUCUAUAAGAACUGUAUGUCUCAGAUGCUGCGGCUGGUAGCAGAGGAUGGCUGCAUGACGCAGAAACAAGUCCUCAUCUUCCUGGGGCAGCGCUUCAGAGUCAAAUUCAGCCUUCCUGACUGGCACAGCAGUGAACAAGUUGGAGAGUUCCUUCUUAACCAAUGCAUCUGCAUACACCUGAAUAACAAAGCUGAGAAGUUCUACCUGCUUUGCUUCAUGACUCGAAAACUGUUUACUUUAGCCAAAGAUGGCUGCAUGGAGGAAAAUCCUGACAGUUUAAUGAAUCAAGAGGUGCUCACCUCAGGACAACUUUACCUCAUGUUUUUAAAGGAGAAGAUGGAAACUUGGUUGCAGUCUGUGAAAAUAGCCUUGGACAAGAAAGCUCAGAAGUCAGCUAUGACAAUUAAUGCAGAAAACAUGAUGAAGAUUCUUGGCAUGGGGACAGAUAUUACAAGGAUGCUUGAGUAUCUCCUUGCUACUGGCAACCUGCGCUCUAAGACAGGUCUGGGCAUGCUGCAAAACUCCGGCCUCUGUGUGGUAGCAGACAAGCUGAACUUCAUCCGCUACCUCUCCCAUUUCCGCUGUGUGCACAGAGGGGCUGAUUUUCUCAAGAUGAGAACCACCACGGUGCGCAAGCUGCUGCCGGAGUCCUGGGGCUUCCUUUGUCCCGUCCACACGCCCGAUGGAGAACCGUGCGGUCUGAUGAAUCACAUGACAGCUCCGUGUGAAAUAGUAACGCAGCCAUCGUAUACAUUCUCCCUGCCAUCCUUGCUUUGCUCUUUGGGUGUCACUCCAGUUGAUGCUGUGCCAAGCCAGCCCUACUCUGAAUGUUACCCAGUUUCAUUAGACGGCUCCCCAGUAGGCUGGAUAGAGAAGGAUCAGGCUCCUGGUCUUGUGGAGACACUCAGGCACUUCAAGGCAAUGCAAGAAAAGAAGAUUCCCGUUUGGACAGAGGUGGUCCUUAUCCCGAUGACAGGAAAGCCCAGCCUUUACCCAGGACUCUUCAUUUUCACCACCCCUUGUAGGAUGAUGCGCCCCGUGCAAAAUUUGGCCCUGGGAAAAGAAGAGUUAAUUGGCACAAUGGAGCAGGUCUUCAUGAACAUUGCUGUGUCUGAGGAUGAAAUUCAACCAGGACUGACCACACACCAAGAGCUCUUUCCCCAUAGCAUAUUAAGUGUGGUGGCAAGUUUCAUUCCCUUCUCAGAUCACAACCAGAGUCCAAGAAAUAUGUACCAGUGUCAGAUGGGCAAGCAGACGAUGGGUUUCCCGCUUCUGACCUUCCCAUACCGCUCAGACGAUAAGCUCUACCGACUUCAGACUCCUCAAAGCCCACUGGUGCGGCCGGCUAUGUAUGACCAUUACGACAUGGACUCCUACCCAGUCGGUACAAAUGCAGUUGUUGCUGUGAUCUCCUAUACUGGCUACGACAUGGAAGAUGCAAUGAUCUUGAACAAGGCUUCAUGGGAGAGAGGCUUUGGACAUGGAAGUAUCUACAAAACGCAACGUAUUGACCUUGCGGAAAAAGUCAAGAAGGGAGAGGAUAAUCUGGUAUUUGGGAUUGGUCAGGAUAAGCUGGCAACUUUGCAGAAUCUGGACCCUGACGGCUUGCCCCACAUCGGAGCCAGACUUCAAUACGGGGACCCUUUCUAUAGUUACGUGAAUCUCAACACGGGGGAAAGCUUUGUGACCUACCACAAGAACAAGGAAAUCUGUAUUGUGGAUAACAUCAAAGUAUGCAGCAACGACACAGGGACUGGGAAAUUCAGGUGUGUGUGCAUCACCCUGAGGGUCCCCCGGAACCCAACGAUCGGGGACAAAUUUGCCAGCCGGCACGGACAGAAAGGCAUCUUGAGCAGACUGUGGCCGGCUGAGGACAUGCCCUUCACCGAAAGUGGAAUGGUGCCGGAUAUCCUCUUCAACCCUCACGGCUUCCCAUCCCGAAUGACCAUUGGCAUGUUAAUUGAGAGCAUGGCGGGCAAAUCCGCCGCUUUGCACGGGCUCUGUCACAACGCCACACCCUUCACAUUUUCUGAGGAGAACUCUGCUCUGGAAUACUUUGGCAAGAUGCUGAAGGCCGCUGGCUACAACUUCUACGGGACGGAGCGAAUGUACAGCGGCGUCUCGGGAGUGGAGCUCGAAGCAGACAUCUUCAUCGGCGUGGUGUACUACCAGCGCCUCAGGCACAUGGUCUCUGACAAGUUCCAGGUGAGGACUACUGGGGCCAGAGAUAAAGUCACCAACCAGCCCAUCGGAGGGCGGAACGUUCAGGGCGGCAUCCGUUUUGGAGAGAUGGAACGGGACGCUCUGCUGGCUCACGGGGCCUCCUUCUUGCUGCACGACCGCCUUUUCCACUGCUCCGAUCGCUCGGUGACCCACGUGUGCAUUGAGUGCGGGAGCCUGCUUUCUCCCCUCUUGAAGCCUCCGCCCGACUGGUCCACCACACGCAUCAGGCAACACGUCUGCACCACUUGCGGCCGGAGCGACACCAUUGAAACGAUUGCCGUCCCGUAUGUCUUCCGCGUCUUCGUAGCGGAAUUGGCUUCCAUUAAUGUAAAAGUGAAACUCAGUGUGAGUUAGGGCGGUGCGAACUGUCCAGACCUUAACGCUGGGAGAGAAUUGAAAGUACGUUUUCCCCGUGGAACCAUCUUUAAAAGGGCUGCUAAGUUGGUACGGACUGUCAGAUUAGUCUCCUAUAUAUUUAAAAGUGAGGUGGAACUCUGCUUAAUGCUUAUUUACAAAGAAAUUGGACUCCUAGGGCAAACGAGAUAAUUAAUAAACUAACUAGAAUAAUUAUUGGGGCUUUCAGUAAAUUAUUGAAAGCUGGCUUUUUUAAGAAGACAUGUGUGCUCUGCAGUUAGGACAGGUGAACCUAUGGACCCUUCCACGUUGCUGGACUACAACUCCCAUCAUUCCCUGAUCAUUGGCCAUGCUGGCUGAGACCGAUGAGACUUGAUAGCCCAACAACAUCUGAAGGACCACAGGCUCACCACCUCUGCAGGUCCCAUGAGAGAAACACAUUUCCAGUUUCCUCCCAGAGCUAGGAGGUCCAGAUAACUUAUUUUUUCAUGCUGUGAUGACAAAUGCUGACAACAGAGAUACCAAAGAGGCUUAGAAAUUUUAAAAGCUGGCCAGACAACCAGAAAUAUUUGCAGUAGAAAAAGAGACAUGUGCCUUUACACCUCCAUAUACUGUCCCAAUAUUAGAAACUUGCUUACAUUACUUGAAUGGGAAAUGGCUGCAAAAGUCCUCGGACAGCCCUGAAGCGGUCACUAAAAUUGCCAUAAAAGCAAAAGUUGCAGUUUGUAGCCUUUGUUUUGAAAAGGAAGGAAAGUUAUAGUGGACAUUGUUAUUUUACACCCACCAUGCCAUUUCUGAGUUGCAUACUAGUGUCCAGAAGGACAGAUCCACAUCCCUACCCUCUCAGAUCCCAAACGCUCUGGAACUGACGUUUUGGCUCCUGAAUGUUGCAAACCUGGAGUUGAUUGUUCCGGUUUGCGAACAUUCUUUUGGAACCUGAAUGUCCGACGGGGCUUCCGCGGCUUCUGAUUAGCUGCAAAAGCUUCCUGCAGCCAAUCAGAAGCUGCACUUUGGUUUCCAAAUGUUUUGGAAGUCGAAUGGACUUCCGGAACAGAUACCAUUCGACUUCCAAGGUAUGACACUAUUUAUUUCCUCAAAGUAGGUAUCGGUUCAAGGAUGUUGCUGUUUGUUGUUGUUGCUGUUCCAUUUUCACCCGAGGUUGCUCACAACAUUUCCAUUAAAAGAUGUUUUACAAUUGGUAUUGCUUUUGUCUUUUAAACAACCUUUUCAGUUUAAUAGGAUCCAACUCAUAUUACUUACUGCUUUAAAAAAAUGGUUUAUGAAAUGUUGCCAUGUUUUGACCAUGGAUCCAUUGUUUGCAUUCUGUGAAAAAAAUACUUUUUUAAAAAAUUAAAAAGAAUCUUAUGCAAAUACUGCUCCUGAGUUUUCCCCUCUGUUGAUAUUUUAGUUUUGUUAUGAUUCAUAGGAAAGUAAACCUGAUCUUGAACCUAAA